CUGAACAUCACAUCUACCUCACACUCCAACAACGACCGAGUCAACAGAAUGGACCACGGCGACAUGACGAUGGCCACAACCACGGCCGCCAUGGCUGCCACUGGCACCAUGUCUGGCAUGUCUGCCGCGACGAGCACUAAGGCCGCCAUGUCCAUGGGAGGCAGCGGUUGCAAGAUCUCUAUGCUGUGGAACUGGACGACUAUUGGGAGCUGCUACAUCUCGUCGAGCGUUCGUCUUCCCCCCGCGGCGUACCAAGCCAUCGAGAACCUCGUCAAGCUAAUAAUAACGCAGUGGAAAAUCACAUCCAACGGAAUGUUCGCCGGAUCCUGCAUUGGUGUCAUUCUUCUCGUCAUGUGCCUCGAGUUGCUUCGCCGAACCGUCAAGGAAUACGACAGAUACCUCAUCCGUCAACACAAGGCUUCUUUUGCUGCCGGCUCUGGUGCCAUCUCGCCUAACUCGGAGAAUGCUGGCAUCAAGGGUGCCGCCGCUUCUGUCGCCCCCGUCGCUGGGGCCGCUAUCCCGCCCUUCCGGCCGAACGUCCUCCAGCAGGCUGUUCGCGCACUCCUCCACAUGUGUCAAUUCGCCGUUGCCUACUUUGUCAUGCUGCUCGCCAUGUACUACAACGGAUACAUCAUCAUUUGCAUCUUCAUCGGCUCCUACCUUGGCUCCUUCAUCUUCCAGUGGGAAACGCUGUUUGACGUGACGACUUCAGCUACUAGCGAGGCGACCGUCUGCUGCGGUUGA